UCAUCUUGCGUCGCUCAUUCAAACAUCAUUCAGUCACAGACAUUUGAUCUUCAGUGUUUCAAAAAACAUUUUAAAUAUCGACCUGAAUAUUUUUUCAGACCUAAAUUUCACUAAACCGACUUUUUAAAGGGGGCGUUACGUCACCCCGUGGGCGUGUCACACGUAAGGCGGAAGGGCAGGUGCAGUAACCUCAGCAGCCUCCGUAUCACAACAACCGUUAUCAGCGCGGGGGAAAGGCUGCAGAGAGGCCUGUGGAUACGUUUUCCUGCUUGCCUAACACAGUCUUUUAAUCUUUUUUUGAGACAUCCUGGAGGGCCGUCGCCAUGACUCUGAAUCAGAACCACUCGGAGUCCGGCGGUGUCAUCAUCAACAACAGCGAGAGUGUGCUGAUGAACCAUGAUAAUGUGGAGCUUGUUUUUUGUGAUGCGGAGAGGCUGCCCGAAGCCUUCAGAAAGAGCAAGAAGGGCAGCAUCUACCUGACUCCAUACAGGGUGAUCUUCCUGGCUAAAGGACGUGAUGCACUGCAGUCUUUUAUGAUGCCUUUCUACCUGAUGAAGGGCUGUGAGAUCAAACAGCCUGUCCUGGGGGCCAAUUACAUCAAGGGCACCAUCAAUGCAGAACCUGGAGGUGGUUGGGAGGGCAGUGCUACGUUCAAGCUCAUCUUUGCUUCUGGAGGAGCCAUAGAGUUUGGACAGUACAUGUUGCAGGUUGCAGCUCAGGCAUCCAGAGGUCAGCCUGUGACUCCUGGCUUUGGUGGGUGCCCCUACAUGGCUAAUGGGGCCUACGCUUACCCUCCCCCCCCUGCCAAUGGAAUGUACCCAGCAGGACCUCCACCUGGAUACUCCUACCCUAACCCUCCUCCUCCAGGUAAUGGAUUCUACCCCACUCCUCCAGCGUUUGAUGCCUCUGCAGCAUACAUACCUCCACCUCCUUAUUCUGCUCCUCUGGGUCAGCAGCCACCACAUGAUCCAGACCUCCCCUCCUCAGCAGCAGCCGAGGCCAAAGCAGCCGAAGCAGCAGCGAGCGCCAGCUGUGCCACGCUGCCCCCUACACAUGUGUACCUGCCACAGGACAAGCCUCCUCCCUACUCUCCUCCAGAAGACAAGAAGAACCAGUAGACCUGCUCGAUGUCUCCUUCUUUCCUCUCUUUGUCCUCUCUCCUCUUUCCUGCUGGAUCACAUCAUUUCUCAUACAUUAACUGGACAGCAGGAAGGUGUGUGUGGGUGUGUUUUUUAAAUUUUUUUUAACAUUAUCCAUUUUUUCAUCCUAGUCUCCCAGCUCAUCUCCAUUUUUAUCUUAAACUCAUCCCAUUGCUUUCCUGCCUCGACCUGCAUUCCUUGUAAUGAGUCAUAUAUUGUAAUCGGCUUCAUUCUUCUCAAAUGCACUUUUACUCGAUGUAAAGUAGCAAAGAAGAAGGAUUGGUAGCAAUCUUUGAGGGAGAACAGACUGUUCAGGUCAGUGAUUAGAGGGUUUGGGGGCUUUGUAACCUGAUGAGCUAUUUUAGUAUUUAUUGCCUUGUAAGUGUCCCCAGGAUCCUGCAGCCACCUUAAACUUUAAAUUCAGCAGCAGUUAUGAUUUGCUGUGACUGUCUAUAAACCUGCGCUCAGUUUAAUGAUAGUAAAUACUUUGCUAACGUGUCCAGAGGCGAAAUGAAUGCAGUCUUUUAUUUUUCUAUUAUUUGUGUGUACAGGCUUUUAAUAUGUAGACUUUUAAAAUGAGAUUAUUUUGUCAAGAACACUAACCUAACGAAGAACUAGCUUUUGUAAAGAUAGCGGGUCGCAGGGUGGCCCGAUCUGCUUUGACAUGUUCUGGCCGACGAGCGGCCCACACGGAUUACAGCGGCGUUGAGCCGCAGAAGCGAAUCCCUGAUCCUGGAUUAGAGCAGAGAGAGGACGGGCCGGGACUCGGAGGGACCAACUGCCAGGAGGGAUUACCUUUAUCGUGCUGCAAGAGCAGAGCAGUCACCCAAUGAUGUCACUUCCUGUUUUCUUACGCUUCUGAACGUUGGAGAAAACGCACGGUCAGGCUCACCGUCAGCCUGCUUCACCUUCACUUCAUUUUUAACAUUAGACACACAAACAGAACAUCAGUGAACUCUUCUGUUUCUGCUUCCUGUGGUCGUGAUCAUUAGUCUUCAGUUUAUGGUCCAUCUAUCUGAUUUGAGGAUCUCAGCAUCUCAUCAUCUAUUCUUCCUUCCUCUGUGGUCACUAAUCUAUAUACAGUAUCUGUGGCACAUCUGCGGCUGAUUCUUUGCACUUUUAGAAUGCUAUGCAUUGGGUUCCUGUACGCUCCGUCACGGCUGUGUGUAAAAUACAAAUAAAGCUCUGUAUUUAAUUCAAACUAAUUUAUUGUAUAAUUAACAGCUCAAGUAAGAAAACAAGGCAUGAUCAACUAAUGCAUGUAUGCAUUGGACUGGAUUUUAAUAAAUGAAUUCAGAACUGUCUCUUUAUUUCA